AUGGUGGUGAAACGGAGCCGUACUCAGUCUUCCUUGAUUUUUAGCAACAGUCAAGGAAUCUACCAAAAAGCGGUGAGGCAGAUUGAGGCGCAACACUCGGAAAGAUCCAGAUACUUUACUCCGUAUGAUACUGUAUUUCAGUACUAUGUGAGUUAUUUGUUUGGCGAUCAAUUCCGCACUCGGCCCAGAGACCCAAGUCAACAAUUGCAUUCCCAGUAUUUGAUAUAUAGCAAUACGUGGUCAAUUCUUGACUGCCUGCCAAAACUGUUUUCAAGGACCUCCAUGGUUGUCACACCGCAUGAGUGA